UUCUCCCUCGCUUUCACUCAAGCCUGGACCAUGGCGGCUGUGGCCAGUUCAGGCGGGCGCUCCAAGGUGGCACCCAGCGUGGAUUUCGAUCACAGCUGCUCGGAUAGCGUCGAAUACCUGACUUUGAACUUCGGGCCCUUCGAGACGGUGCAUCGGUGGCGCCGCCUCCCGCCCUGCGACGAGUUCGUCGGGGCCCGCCGCAGCAAGCACACCGUUGUCGCUUAUAGAGAUGCUAUCUACGUGUUCGGCGGAGAUAAUGGAAAAACAAUGUUGAACGAUCUGUUGAGGUUUGAUGUGAAGGACUGCUCUUGGUGCAGGGCUUUUACCACAGGGACCCCUCCAGCACCCAGGUAUCAUCAUUCAGCAGUGGUCUAUGGGAGCAGCAUGUUUGUAUUUGGUGGCUACACUGGAGACAUUUAUUCCAAUUCCAAUUUGAAGAAUAAAAAUGAUCUUUUUGAAUAUAAGCUUGCAACUGGUCAGUGGACUGAGUGGAAGAUUGAAGGAAGACUACCAGUUGCCCGGUCAGCCCAUGGUGCAACGGUUUAUAGUGAUAAACUCUGGAUCUUUGCAGGAUAUGAUGGGAAUGCACGGUUAAAUGACAUGUGGACCAUUAGUUUACAAGACAGGGAGUUAACUUCCUGGGAAGAGAUUAAACAGAGUGGCGAGAUUCCUCCUUCAUGCUGUAAUUUUCCCGUAGCUGUUUGCAAAGAGAAGAUGUUUGUCUUUUCUGGCCAGAGUGGAGCAAAGAUUACCAAUAAUCUAUUUCAGUUUGAAUUCAAGGAAAAAAUUUGGACACGAAUUCCUACUGAGCACCUACUACGGGGCUCACCUCCUCCUCCACAGCGGAGAUAUGGUCACACGAUGGUUGCCUUUGAUCGCCAUCUUUACGUGUUCGGUGGAGCUGCAGACAACACAUUGCCUAAUGAACUUCACUGCUACGAUGUGGACUCUCAGACCUGGGAAGUUAUCCACCCCAGUCCAGAUAGUGAGUUGCCAAUUGGAAGGCUCUUCCAUGCUGCAGCUGUCAUCUGUGAUGCAAUGUACAUCUUUGGUGGGACAGUGGACAAUAACAUUAGAAGUGGAGAAAUGUAUAGAUUUCAGUUUUCCUGUUAUCCAAAAUGCACUUUACAUGAUGACUAUGGAAGAUUGUGGGAAAACAGACAGUUCAGUGACAUGGAGUUUAUUCUUGGUGAGAAGGAAGAAAGGGUUCGAGGGCAUAUAGCUAUCGUCACAGCUCGCUGUAAGUGGCUCCGGAAGAAAAUUAUACAGGCAAAAGAGAGGUUGAAACAGAAACCUAAGCAAGACAUUGAUGAGGAAGGACAAGAAUCACCCCAGAAAGAGAUGUCUGGCAGCAACAUUAAGCUGUGCCACUUGCAGCCGCCGCUGGAGGUGACCAUCCGAGAAGCUGAAGCCCAGCCCUUUGAGGUGCUCAUGCAGUUCUUGUACACGGACAAAAUCAAAUACCCACGCAGAGGACAUGUGCAAGAUGUACUGCUUAUUAUGGAUGUGUAUAAAUUGGCCCUUCACUUCAAGCUCUCAAGACUUGAACAGCUGUGCCUCCAGUACAUUGAGGCAUCAGUAGAUCUUCAGAAUGUGCUGGUUGUAUGUGAAAAUGCAAACAAACUUCAGCUGGAUCAGCUAAAGGAACACUGCCUGAAUUUUGUGGUGAAAGAAUCCCAUUUUAAUCAGGUAAUAAUGAUGAAAGAGUUUGAACACCUUUCCUCAUCUUUGAUAGUAGAGAUAGUACGACGAAAGCAGCAGCCACCUCUUCGAACACAUUCUGAUCAGCCUCUUGAUAUUGGAACAUCAUUGAUUCAGGACAUGAAAGCUUAUCUAGAAGGUGCUGGACUUGAGUUCUGCGAUAUAAUAUUACUCUUAGAUGGUCAGCCAAGGGCUGCUCAUAAAGCUAUUCUUGCAGCUCGCUCCAGUUACUUUGAAGCCAUGUUCCGUUCUUUUAUGCCAGAAGAUGGGCAGGUUAAUAUUUCUAUAGGAGAAAUGGUUCCAAGCAAACAAGCAUUUGAGUCUAUGCUAAGAUAUAUUUACUAUGGUGAAGUGAAUAUGCCUCCUGAAGAUUCCCUCUAUCUCUUUGCUGCCCCUUAUUAUUAUGGAUUCUACAAUAACCGUCUGCAAGCAUAUUGUAAGCAGAACCUGGAAAUGAAUGUUACAGUGGAAAAUGUACUCCAGAUUUUAGAGGCCGCUGACAAGACCCAGGCUCUGGAUAUGAAGAGACAUUGCCUGCAUAUCAUUGUUCACCAGUUCACCAAGGUCUCCAAGUUGCCAAAUCUUCGGUCCCUCAGUCAGCCUCUACUUCUUGACAUCAUAGAAUCAUUAGCAAAUCACAUAUCAGACAAGCAAUGUGCAGAGCUUGGCUCAGAUAUCUGAGGAUUCCUGUGUUCUAUAUAUUGCUCUUCAAGAGGCUGCACUCUUCCUUACAUGUAUUGUCACAAGGUCUGUCUAGCUCGUUACCAUUCCAUAUUGACCUGAUGAGAAUGUCCUCAUCAAACCAUAGGUUCGGUUAAAAAAAAUGCCGUGAAACCGUUAGAAUGUUCUGUGAAACUUCCUAAUCUUCUAUAAAUAGAUAUGAACCUGAAUCUAAUGUCUCAAUAUGAAGAAGAGAGAUGACAGUUUCCACUUGCCUUUUAAUAUCAAGCUGGACAAUACGUAUAUUUUUUUUCAAUAUUCUUCAGGAAUAAACACUUUGUAACUGAGAUUGUUUUCAAAUCUGCACCACCAGGAGAUGGGAUCAGCUUUCUUCUCUUUCUCAUUGGUACUUUUCUGCUGCCUCACAUGGUCCCUGUUAACCAUGAAUGUUGGGGUACAGAAGGCUAAGAGAUUAUCUCAGUGGCUGCUGGGGUUAGUUUCAGGUAAUAAUGAAUGCAGUGGAACAGUCAAAGCUGCUGCGGUGUUCUCCUGCAAUGGAACAAGUCACUACGUAGGGCAUCUGUUAACAAAGUGCAUCCAGUAUCUAUUUGCUGAUUGGUAACUGUUCUUCCUUUUUCAGCAUCUAAGCAGAUGUCACCAAAGACUGUCUUCAAAACACUAAUUGUCAUCCCUUUCGCUGUAUGUGUGUAUAAAAGAUUGAAUACAUGUACUGAAAAGUACAGUAGCAAAGAAAUGCAAAUUUACGGAAUAUGAAAUACUAAUAUGCAUGACUCUGAGUAAACCUAUGCUGCUUCACCCUUGCAAUUAUGAAGGCAAAUGAAUGUCUGACAUUUCAUGCCAUUAAGUUCAAAGUGUAGUUUAUACACGGCCCUAGAAAUGGGUCCAAUAAAUGAUGCUUACCCUGCUAUAGUAAAAACUUACCCCAUUUAUUGAUAGCAGUGUAAAUUCUCUCUCACCCACCCCAAAGUUAAUUGACCUGUAUUCGUGCUGUUUAGUGGCUGCCAGCUGCUUGCUUAUUAUGGCGUUACAUUUUUUAAAAAAUAACA